UUUUAACAAUAAUUAUUUUAUUUGCCUGUUUGUUUUGAAUGCACUGGACUAUGAAUUUCCCUACGUAUACACCUGAACGCACCAUACUUUUAUAUGGGUAUGACAGUGGCUCGGGCACGUGUGCAACGAAUGGGCUAAAUAAUUUUAAGCUUUCUUAUUAGUUGGUGGGGUUUUUUUUAUUAAUAUUUUUUUAUAUUUUAAGUUUUCUGAUUAGUUGGCGAAUAGAAGGGGGUGUGAUUUUCCUCAUAAUUUCUUAUACUGGCGAACGAAAUUAUUAGGUACUUUCUUGCCGCUAGUGGGGACGGAGACUUGUGGGCGCCGAGCAGCAGUCUGAGUUUAGGUUAACUGAAGCUGAAUUUGGAGGGAAAUGAACGUGUGCACUCGACAUUUGAGUUACGAGCUCCUGACUGAGGUGGGAGAAGGCUCCUUCGGUAAAGUGUAUAAAGCCAGGGAGGUCGGGGAGAAACAGCGCCUCCUGGCGGUGAAGAAGUUCCACUUAAGCUGUGACACGUCAGAGACUGGAAUACCUCCCUUCAUGAUCCGAGAGGUGGCGCUGCUGCGUAAAAUGGGGCAUUUCAAUCAUCCCAACAUAGUCAAGCUUUUGGAUGCAUCUGUUGUACCAAUGGGCUCAACUCUGGACCUCACGCUGGUCCUGGAAUACAUUGACCAGGACCUGUUCACCUACCUCUCUAAAGUUCCUGCCCCCGGACUGAGCCGCGAGUGCAUAAAGGAUGUGAUGCUGCAGCUGCUACAAGGGCUGGACUUCUUACACACCAACCUGGUGCUGCACCGAGACUUGAAACCAGAUAACAUCCUGAUCAGUAGCCGUGGAGAAAUUAAAAUCACAGACUUUGGACUUGCACGGAUGCAUGCCUUCAACAUAGCUCUUACUCCAGGUGUGGUGACGCUGUGGUACCGAGCUCCUGAGGUGCUGCUGAACUCGACGUACAUGUCCUCUGUGGACAUGUGGAGUGCUGGCUGCAUCUUUGCUGAGCUCUUCCUCUUGAGACCGUUGUUCAAGGGAUACACAGAGGUGCAGCAGCUGCAGAAAAUCUUUGAGGUGAUUGGUUUGCCCCGCAAGGAGGACUGGCCUCAGGACAGCCCGAUCUCAUACUCAGAGAGCUGGGGACCCAAAGGUUCCUGCACAGAGCUGCUGCCCAACCUGGACCCAGAUGAGAAAGACCUGCUAUCUCAAUGUUUGCUAUUCAGCCCGAGUGGUCGCAUCUCAGCUGCCAAAGCCCUGGCUCAUCCUUUCUUUGGGAAGCACUGAAGAUUUGAUUGAGUGAAGAGAAGGAGGAGGAGGAUUUGAACUGCUGCUGCUCUGAGAUUCUGGAAACAGGGAAAUCGACUAAUAGUUGUGCCAUAAAAUCCACCGUACACUUUGGCUGAAAGAUUUUAAAUGGUAUCACCAGCAUCAUGAGAAAAUAUGGUGAGGGGAGAGGUUUCAACACUUCUUAGCUUGACUUGUAGCAGGAUCUUAUGGCACAUCACCUUUGAGAUAAAUUUACCCUCCCUUCUUGUGGUUAAAGGAGCAGCAUGUUCUUUGUUAAGUUUCAGACAUAUUUGAAAGUUUUCUCCCCAGUUGUGGAGCUACUUUGUUGUGUUUGAGUUGCUUUAAUAAGAAGGAAUUUUGGUUUACUAGAUGCCACUGAGAGAAUAUUAUGAACACCUUUAAGUUAUGAGUUAUUUAUUUUGUACUUCAACUAAGUUUUUUAGUUCUUAAAAGCAUCAAAGAAAUGCAACUCUUUAUUUCUUUAUUCAUUUAUUUGUAACGGUAUUUAUGUUUGUAUUAAUAGAUUGUACACGAUAUUUUUGUAUGGGUUAUACUGUUCAUAAAAGAAGCAUUUCCGUAUA